AUGAAGACAUUGUCCAUAUUGCUGUUUGUUGCUGGGGCAUUCGCCCUGAAUCCCCUCCACCCCAUCCGCCAUCCCAACAACACCCUCGUCUCCGAACCCACGACAGACAUCGUAUCCGAUCCCCUGGCCAAACGCUGGACCUGUCCAUCGACCUGCUCGACCAACAUCUGCUGCGACAAUGGGCUGUGCGUCUGGUCUCUCAGCGACGUCUGCUGCGGAAGCUACUUCUGCAACUCGGGCGAGCAUUGCUGCGGGACUGGGUGCAUGCCCUCAGGCGCGGAUUGCUGCGGCGUACAGGGGUACUGUCCUGCCGGGGAGCGAUGCAUGACGGUCAAUGGGAAACUGGGCUGCUGUCCCAAUGGGGACUGCUCGCAGGAGAAUGCGGUGGAUUAUUACACGCAGCGGGAGACGUAUACGCAAACGCAGAAUUACUAUACCACGGCGCAUUACACGACGAGCUAUACCGGGGUGGAGUGGACGUGGUAUUCAUGGACCGUUACCUGGACGUACUGGGUGACGUUCUACACGUACUAUGCCCCUGUGACGGCUUCGAUUCGCACAUCGACUGUCACUACUACUUCGACGAUUGUUUCGGUCCAUGCUACCGACGUGUCGGAUGCUUCGUCCUCGUUUACGCGUCUCUCGGCCACGAUGAGCUUCUAUACGCCUGCCAGUGCGACGGAUCCAGUGACGCCGACGGAUGUUGCGACGGCCCGCUUCCCGACUUUGACUUCGUCAGGGAAUGAUGGCAGUAGCAGCAGCGGUGGGAAUGUCGGGAUCUCGAUCAAUGGAGUCACAGGGGGUGCCCCGAAUGCUGCAAAAGCAAACGCCAGACUUGGAUGGGAAACUGGGUUGACUCUGUCUGUCAUGCUGGGAACGGGACUUCUGAUGGUAUACCUCUGA